AUGUCCGUUGCAACGUCCACGGAGGUCGACAAGCCGGCGGAACAUGAGCGGGCGAUGACGGUGUCGAUCGACCGCAACAAGCCCAUGUGGGGCCAGGUGGGAAAGCUGGGCGACGACUACUGGGAGUGGGUGCACAAGGCGGAGCCCGGCAGAGUCCGAUUCUUCCGGUGGGGCGCCUUGGAGGUGCUGACGGUGUCCUUGUGGUGGGUGGGCCCUACGUUCUUCCUCCCCAUCAUGGUGGCCGUCCUGUGGAGCGCGUACGCCUCGGGCAUCUCCACGCAGGCGGACAUCGUCUCGGGGCUGUGUCUGGGAUUCGCCCUGUGGCAGGUCCACGAGUACGGUGCGCACAGGUACAUCUUCCACAGAGAGACGAGCAAGCCCACGCUCAUCGCACUCCACUUCAUCUUGCACGGCAGCCACCACAAGUACCCCAUGGACAAGUACCGCUGCGUGUUCCCCGUCGCCCCGGCCGGAGCCCUGGCGGCGCUCUGGUGGGUGGUCCUGUCCUACCUCCUGCCGGGCCAUCUGUCCGCCACCGUCUGGUCGGGUAUGCUCCUGGGCUACCUCUCUUACGACCUGACCCACUACGCCCUGCACCUUAACUACGACUUGCCGAGCGACUUUUUGAGGGUCCUGCGGGCGAGGCACAACGUCCACCACUACAAGGACCCCGACCAAGCCUUUGGAGUCAGCUCGGAAAUUUUCGACGUGCUGUUCAACACAAACUGA